GUGUUGUUUAUUAUUGGAAAGGAAUGCUAACUAAUAUAAUCGAUUAAAAUAUAACUAUUAACAUAAUAAUAGUUUUUAAGGGAUGUUUUCUCUGUAUAUUAUUCACGAUAUGGUUGAAAUUGAGCCCGUUUACUUCCUAAAACGACUUGGUCGUGACACACAAGCCAUUACUACAGCACCUCAACCUUCGAUUGAAGAAAGCAGCGGUGGCGUAGCCCACCCCGCGGGGCCACAAGCGGCCUACGCCGUAUCUCAAAUCAUACGGCACCGGCUGACAGAGCGGUAUGUGGGACGUGUGGCCCCGCGUUGCGGCUUCUGUGUUGCAAUAGGGGACAUUUUGGAACACUCCUCCAUUGAGGUGAAAGGCCCGUCGGCGUCGGCGUGGUUGGGGGCGGUGUUCGAAGCAGUGGUAUUUGCCCCACGGCCUGGGACCCGGCUUCGCGUCACUAUCGCGCAUCAGAGUGUCGAGGGUCUGCGCCUGAGAGUGGACUUCUGUGCCGCCUUCCCCUUUAUUGUGCCAGCGGACCAGCUCGUGCCGCGAUCGAGGUAUGACUCGGAACAGAACGCGUGGUACGUUUCUGUCGACGUUGAUGAGGAUGAUAACGGCGACGAUAACCAAGAGGAAUGGUGCGGUGAAAGGGGCGGUCAGACUCGCAAUAACGGCGAUGCAAAUAGGAACUACUAUCAAAUUGGUGAAGAGGUAGUAGUGCGCGUCACAGCCUGUGUCGUGCUGGAUGAUGAGAAAGACCUGAACCAUAACGGCACAGACUCGUUGAAAGCGCCAGCGGAUGCAUCAAUUGGCAACUCUGCCCCACUCAUGUCUUUGUUUGGCAGUUUCCUCGGUGAUCUUCUGGGGCCGACCUGCUGGUAUGAGUAGGUGUGACAACACUUUCUGUAAAGAGAAUCGCAUUCCACACGAGUGAUGUUCCCACUGUGGGGAAGAGGAUAUGUCAGAAACGGAUAGAGAACACUGAAAGAUAUCUGUUCUACAUCCUACACUCAUGAUGUUUUGUUUCUUUUACACACCCAACACUAGAUUCUGUGGAUCAUAACAACUAUCUGUCUUGAAGAAUUUCCUUACUUCUGGUUUUAUGUUAUAUUGUCUCACAUAGAUCGUGGAUGCAGUGAAUGAAUUGUUCGAGCAAUUCUUUUAU